CGAGAUUUGCGUUAGACGGGAAGAAGACGUGUGUCGCCACCCAUUUCGCACCGGCACCGCUUUAGUUGUGUUGUUUUUCCGAGUUUUAUUUGACUAAAAGCCCAUACGAAUGGAUAAAACGUAAGCUAUUGUAUUUUUUUUCUAUCUUGAAAAGCAAUUUAGAAAAAAAACGUUAUAGAGAGAAUACUUGCUGUCCUUUAAAGGGAUAAUACCGCGUUUUUAAACGAGUGCGAAUUUUAAAAAGACAGCAGCAAUCUCAAGGCAGAAAGAACCCCAACUUCCAAGAUGCAGAAAGAGCGCACCGGAAGCUCCGGAGGUACAGAGAAGCCCGACCGGGAGGCCGCAAUCAUGUCCAAGUAUUAUGAUGGAGUCGAGUUUCCUUUCUGCGACGAGUUCUCAAAGUACGAGAAGCUGGCGAAGAUCGGACAAGGAACUUUCGGGGAAGUAUUUAAAGCGAAGCACAGACAGACUGGCAAGAAGGUAGCAUUAAAGAAAGUGCUGAUGGAAAAUGAGAAGGAAGGGUUUCCAAUAACAGCCCUUAGAGAAAUUAAGAUAUUACAACUUCUGAAGCAUGAAAAUGUGGUCAACUUAAUUGAAAUUUGUCGAACAAAAGCCACUCAAUUCAAUCGCUAUAAAGGAAGCAUAUACUUGGUAUUUGAUUUUUGCGAGCAUGACCUGGCUGGCCUACUCAGCAAUGCCAACGUCAAAUUCACUCUGGCGGAGAUCAAAAAGGUCAUGCAGAUGUUGCUGAAUGGGCUGUAUUAUAUACACAGAAAUAAGAUUUUGCAUCGAGAUAUGAAAGCUGCUAAUGUCCUCAUUACACGAGAUGGUGUGUUGAAACUGGCAGAUUUUGGACUUGCUCGAGCAUUUAGCCUUGCUAAGAACAGUCAGCCUAAUCGAUACACAAACAGAGUGGUCACAUUAUGGUAUCGACCUCCAGAACUACUACUCGGAGAGCGGGACUAUGGUCCCCCAAUUGAUCUUUGGGGGGGAGGGUGCAUAAUGGCAGAAAUGUGGACACGUAGCCCCAUCAUGCAGGGUAAUACUGAACAGCACCAGCUUACGCUUAUCAGUCAGUUGUGUGGCUCAAUUACACCUGAGGUGUGGCCCAACGUUGAUAAGUAUGAGUUAUACCAAAAACUUGAGUUGCCCAAGGGUCAGAAACGAAAAGUAAAGGAUCGCCUUAAGGCCUAUGUUAAAGAUCCAUAUGCUUUGGACUUGAUAGAUAAACUCCUAGUUCUUGACCCAUCCCAAAGGACUGAUAGUGAUGAUGCCCUUAACCAUGACUUUUUCUGGUCUGACCCUAUGCCAUCUGACCUCAAAAACAUGCUCUCCACCCAUAAUCAGUCCAUGUUUGAAUACCUCGCCCCACCCAGACGCAGAGGAGGACAUGUACCACAGCAGCCUGCCAAUCAAAGCCGGAACCCAGCUACAACCAAUCAGACAGAAUUUGAUCGAGUGUUUUGACAAACAAAACAGAAAUGGCGCAGCCUUAGUAGGCUGAAUUUGUGAAACAUAAAGUACCACCAUUCCCGUGAGUAUCAAGACAGAUGUUAAAAGCUUGUCGGCCUGAAUUUUUUACAUGGCACUCACCCUUUAGCUGAAGAUUGCCUGCUUUUUCAUUGUAGGCUCAAAUGUGACUACGGAUUUCAAUGUGCUAAAUCACUUUUGGGCACAGUUCUCUGUCACUGUUUCUGUGCUAUGUGUGGUAUUUGAAGGAGGCUCAUUUGAAACCGUAAAUGGCAAGCUAUUUAUUAGAAUCGUUUUUUGAUUUGGAGGUGGCUUCUAGACUGGUGGGUAUAAAAGCUUCAGUUUACAUGUGCAGAAACUCAUCAAGCCAGAGAGUCGAGCUUUAGCUCAACUUGCACUGAAGAGUAUUUUAUAAGCUGCAUCUUUAAAAGCAAUACAAGCAAAACCACCACGGCACAUGUGUUUACCUGGCAGUAGACUGUUUUAAUCUGACCUGAAGGAAUGCCACUUUCUUUGGUUUGUAUGGACACAGGAAUUUGGUUCAGAGGUGCAAAUGCAUAUAUUGUAGUGGGCAGGGCUCACUCUAUAUUUCUUAAGAUUUAAUUUUAGUACUUGAGAUAAUGUGGAAUAAACUGCUUGCUUU